AUGUCGCUUCAAGUUCAACUAUGGGAGACGCUGAAGGAAGCCAUCACGGCUUACACUGGCCUUACUCCUGCGGCGUUUUUCACCGUAGUAGCUCUCGCUUUCGCCUUAUAUCACGUCGUCUCCGGUCUCUUUCUCUCUCCCGACGAUCACCAGGCGUUUUCCGCUGAGGCACAGCUGCAGGUGGAGCCUCUUCCCCCGCCUGUUCAACUCGGGGAGAUUACUGAGGAUGAGCUCAAGCUCUACGAUGGUUCUGAUUCGAAGAAGCCCCUUCUCAUGGCUAUUAAAGGCCAGAUCUAUGAUGUUUCUCAGAGCAGGUACUUAGAGAAUCUUCACUGUUUAAUCCAAAUUAUCAUUGAGAUCAGGAAUUAG